GAAAGAGGACCUGAGUUUUCUGAAAAAGGUACACAUUUCCUGACGAAGCCUUCCGCCUUAGCAGAAUAAACACACCCUAAAUUUUUGCCUCGCUGCCUCGGCGCAACGCCGAGGGCCACUUUACCACCCCUGCGCGCGCGCGCUGAAAGCGUUCGCGAGCGAGUGUGUGUCGACGAGAAAGUGCCAAACAAAGAACGAGUUAUACAGCGGGGCCGCCGAUCACAAACAAGCUUCGUUGGUUCGCUUGUGGCGCGGCGCCCAUCCUCCUACGCCCCAUGACAGCGCUAGGCCUAUCGGCGCUGCUGCGUCGCUGCUUGGCAUUCCCGAGCGAUUCAGUAAUCGGAGGCGAGGCGUUGCCGCCGCAGCACCAGUAGUGAGUGUGUGAUUCGUCAUCGGCGCUUUACGGCGGUGGAGGAGCCGCUCAGCCAGGGCAUGCCGUGAGAGAGCGGCGAAAAAAAGAUGCGCGUCGCGACGGCCUCCUCAGCAACGGGAGCGACGACAACGGUGACGAUACCUGCUACGGCAGCGGGAGGGCUUCGAACGUCAAUAUGCCGUUCCGACUCAAACUCAAGAAGAGCAAGCACUACAGCGUCGUCUCCAAAAGCCUCUGCGUCAUCGCCGUCAAGCUUCUCGAGAACGCGACGGUCGAGUGCAUCGUCUCUUCUCGGACAGUGGGUCGCGAGUGCCUGCAGAAUGUGUGCCAGCGACUGCAGAUCACGCAACCCGAGUACUUUGGCCUGCGAUACCAGACGCGCGACGGCCAGCAGCGAUGGGUGGACCUGGAGCGGCCGCUCAAGAAGCAGCUCGACAAGCACGGCGCAGGGUCGUCGCGCGAAGGCGGCGGCUGCUGCAGCCUGCAGCUGGGCGUCAUGUUCUACGUUCCGGACGCCGCGCAGGCGCGCCGCCUUCUGCAGAGUGACGUGACGCGCUACUAUUACUUCUCGCAGCUCAAGAGCGACGUCAUCGAAGGCAAGCUGCCGUGCGACCGGCGCGAGGCGAUCCGGCUGGCCAGCUACAGCCUGCAGGCCGAGUUCGGCGACCACCGGCCCGAACACCACACCGCCGAGUACCUGCGCAACUUCGCCCUCUUCCCGAAGUCGGUGCUGCUCGCGUGCGCGAACGAAGAGGAGGAGGCGGCACUGCUCGACGAGAUAGUGAGCGCCCACAGAAGCCUGCAGGGUUUGGAUCACGCGACCGCGGAGCUCUACUACAUACAGGCCGUGCAGAGGCUCGAAGGGUACGGCGAAGAGCGCUUCGAAGUCCGCGAUGCCUCUGGCGUCGACAUGGUCCUCGGCGUGUCGGUGCAGGGAGUGACCGCGCGACAAGUGCGCCGGAGCGGCGAGCCGGACACCUCGCAGGCGCACGCGUCCCCCACCGAAGAGCCCCAGCAUGUGACGUACCACUGGAGUGAAAUCGUGGACCUCAUCCACCACAAGCGCUGUUUCAAGAUCGUCGGCCGCGACGGGUCGCACUCCGGCCAGUUCCAUCUUGAAGAUGUCAGCACGGCUAAGUACAUAUGGAAGAUGUGCGUGCAGCAACACGGGUUCUUUAUGGGCAUGCAGGAGACAGCGUCGUUGCCGGGAGGCAUGAUGGGGGAGACAUACACUCGGGCGACAAGUGGCAGCGCUGGUGCUGGCGACAGCUUUCGUUGGGCGUCUGUGCCUGACGUGGAGAACACUAGUGGGGAACGAGGGACAGAUGUUGGAGAAAGCCGGGAGUCGCUUGACGAGCUGGGGGUUUACCACACUGAAACGCGAAACAGCGAGAAUUACACAUUUCCUGGGAGCACAAGUGAACUGGUCAAUCCAAACCAGAAUGGCUAUGACCAUCAUCCGACCAACCCUCUGCCUGUGAGAGAGGAUGCUGUUGCUUCCACGGAGCACAUUCCCAGAAUGAUGUCUAACGAAAUCGGUCAGCAAGUCAACAACAGCAUGCACCACUCGUACGUGAGCCUUCCACGUAGCUCUGAAAGUGCAACUGAUCUGCGACGAGCACUUCUGCCAUCGUACCGACAGGCACCCGACUACGAAACUGCAGUGCUCAACAAAUAUGGGGUCACCAGCUGUAGCCUCAAUGACCUUCCUCUUGAAACUCAACAGAACAGUCAGGUGUAUCACCAGCAACAUCCUGGAAUGACGACAUCGGCAGCUACAAACGAACUGGACUUGAGUUUGUCGCGCUCUUGCAACCCUCUGCUUCCACCGCUGUCAUACAUGCAUUAUGGCAACUUUGCUGAUUUGACUGAGCUUGGCGACUCCAUGUCCUUCAGUGACCUUGCGAACAACAACCGCAUUGAUGGUGUUGCACAUGGCAGAGCACCACCACUCCUCGCUCCACCGUUGCACACAUACAGCACUCCGGAGUUGACAUCUCAGGGACUGUCAUAUGAGGUCAAUCCUGCACAGCUGUUUGCCAACAUGCACCUGAACUACCAGUACAAGCCACCACCUCCAUAUCCGUAUGGCCAACGCCCGAGUGCAAGCACACCAGAUUUGACACGCAACCACCACCAGCUUCGAGCAAGUGCAAGCCCAGAUCUGGUGUCACGUCGUCACCUCAGCCAGAGCACUAUUCAGGGGUCAGAGCCAAAUUUGCCACAUUAUCAGGCAGCCGUCAACGGUAACAUGAUGUCGGAGUCUCUGAGGUCAAUUGUGGAGCCUCCGAGGCCAGUGCUCCCAACUUAUGUUCCGGUCGGAGAAUCGUGGAAUGCACAAGUAUGCGGAGUUGCCCAGCCCCAGAGGAUUCAGGUGUGUGUCAGCUCUCCAACUACACGCGAACAAGCGGCAGUGGCAGCAGCAGCAACCAAGCCAGUGGAUGCCACCCCUGUGCCGCCCCCGAGGAAGCAGAUGACAGAGGAAAAACGAGACCCUCCAAGUCAAGAAGCAUCACCGGCACAUCCACUGGGCCCCAUGAUGGUGGCAGCGAUGAAUGGUCUAACUCUGACAGUGGCCCAGCCAGACCAGCUGCUUACUGGUGACCAGAGCAGUGCAGAUCAGGAGUCACCAUCAACCAGCAUGUCCAAAGAGUUACGGCCUGAGCAAAUUCUUGAGAGCCGACUAGAGGAUGGCCAGGUCUUCCUCGAGUUUGAACGCAUUGCCAAGCGUAAGCCUAACGCUGACUUUACAACUGCACUGCUCUCGGAGAACACCUCUCGCAACCGUUUCAGUGAUGUCCUUCCAUACGAAGAGAACCGUGUACGAUUAACUCCAACAUCUGACAACCGAACAGGCUAUAUUAAUGCCUCGCAUGUUUCGGCAAGUGUGGGUGAUAGCCAGCGCUUCUACAUAGCGGCGCAGGGACCCACGCGGGAGACUGCCAAAAGCUUCUGGCAGAUGGUCUGGGAAAACCAUGUGGGUGUGGUUGUAAUGCUGACAGAAACUGAAGAUGAACAUGGCCGUGAGAAGUGCUUUCAGUACUGGCCUACAGCUGAUGGUGAUGAUGCCGCACUCUCGUUCGGCGAAUACCGAGUGACUAGGAAGGGUGUCGUGUGUUCUGCAGUGGCCGUGACGACCUCACUGACUGUGAGCAGAUCCCAAGGUGUCGCUUGCAGUCACCGAAAUGUCUGGCAUCUCCGGUAUACAGACUGGCCUGACCAUGGCACUCCAGGGGAUAUUCAGGGUUUCCUCGGUUUCAUGGAGGAAGUGGACUCUGUGCGCAGGCUGGCCUCGGGUGACCAGCGCCUGCUGCGAACACGCAACACGCCAAUGGUGGUCCAUUGCACCGCAGGUGUGGGCAGGUCGGGUGUGGUGAUUCUGUGCGACAUCUUGCUCUUCUGUCUGGAUCACAAUGUUCCAGUGGACGUGCCAAGAGUUCUGAGCUCUGUUCGAAUGCAGCGCAUGCUAAGUGUACAGACUCUUGCGCAGUACAAGUUUGUGUACCACGUGUUGAUACGAUACCUACGGAAUUCACGCCUCAUAUAAGACCUUGUGUGGCGAUUCUCGGGUUGCAUCAUCGAAGCUGAAGAAACAAGCUGAUGCCUCGGCAUUACCAGCAAAACUGCUAGCAACUGUAGUCGGCAACUGUUGGUAGUCGUGCAGCGCAGUAUGCCGGUCCUCCGCAGCACCUGUAUUGUGCGAUUCCAAGACUCUGCCAGCGCCUGUCUGAAAAUCCGCACCGUGACUUUCAAGCAGUGGUGCAUUACUUACACACUGGCCUCUUAUGCAUAUGAAAUCAAUUGUCAAUGACCAUGCUCUAAACACAUCAAAAGCCAAUACUACAUUUCCCUCUUUACGCAGCUGGAGUCUGCUCCAAGCGAUAAAAUACUGUCAAGUUUUUCACAUGCACUUUGCAAGAAGAAAUCAAAAGCCAUUGCCCAGAUGCUGAAAUUCGUCGCUGUUCACCACUGCAGUCAAAUGUCAGUUCUACUUAGCUCCUGCUAGACACGACUCUCUAUGCUCGUGGCCGUGAACUGUGCCAUUGUUUUAUGGAUGGAAGGAAAGGUCUUCACUGUUUAUACUUGUAUGUAGAUACCAUCGUGGUUGUGAAGUGCCGACGUCGUGCACAUGCAAGACUUUGGCAUUGAGCAACACAAGAACCCCCAGUGCCUUUGAUCAACAUUUCAAGGAGACGCUGACAAAAUGUUCGCGGUUGGCGAAGACCUUGCUGAUUAGCAACGCACCUGCGACGUGACAGUUGCCGAGUGGUCGCAUGUUGCCCCGGGAACUUUUUCAACACAUGGUUCAGUGUGCUUGGCUCCAGGUUUGCUCUGCCACGGUUUCUCGGAAUGCCUCUGUCUACAGUUCAGCAAAACGCGGUGCACUGGUGGUUGGCAAAGAAGCAAGAUUAUGCAUACGUUUACGUUGCGGUGGCGCACAGUGUUUGGUGGUCAAGCUAUUCAUGUGGGCCACAUUGUUUUGCCCUGGCCAGUGAAUUGCCUUCCCGGGGGUCAAUGGAGGUUUGGUGCCUUAGCGUCGUCAUUGUUAUCCAUUGCACAAAAUCUAAUAGUUGUAGUUGCACAAGUGGCUUUCCAGAGCUUUUCAGCAGAAGCCAAUUAUUUAAAAUCUCAUUGUCAGAUACGGUGUAGGCACCAGCUGAUUGUGCAAGCAAGCACGGUAGCUGGUGCUUCACAUCACAGGUCUUUUGGCAGCGCUAUACUAAGCAUUACUUGAUUGAGGGAGGCAGGUCAUGAGGCUGUUCAUGAGGCUUUGCAUGAUGCACCACUGGCUUAUCCACGCUUGAAUUUCAUGCAGAGGUAGCCUUAGUAGUGUGAGAUCUAUAAUGCCAUGUCCAAGGGUUACGCUUGCCUCCAUUGUCCAGGCUAGAUCACAAGUACACAUCAUUUGUCCCCAUAAAUUUCUGUGUCCUUGUGAAGGGAACAGUGGCACAGCCUGUCAUUGUUAUGGCGUGCUGCGUGCCUCCAUAGCAGUGAUAGGUGGCACUGGCAUCCAUUGUUGCGAAAACAUUUUUUUUUGUCCAACAUCAUCACACAUUACCCCUACUUCUGAUUUAUUUUUAAUGAAAUGGGCAAUUGCUGCAGUUGAACAUCGCUUUAAAGAAAACACACUGCAGAAUGCUACCCACGUGUGAAAUUUAUGCUCAUACAAUCGAUCAGAAUAGCUAAAAGAGUUGUUUAUGACCAUCUACUUUAUUUAUUUAUGCUCAGUAUAUGUUGUGCAAGCAUUGAUUACUUUUUUUGUGGAGCCUAGUGCCUAAGCCUUCAACGUUGAGAGUGCUAACUUCGUAUAAAUGUACUUGGUAGGAAAAUAUAUAAAAAGAAAUCAUUGCAGUCAAACCAGUGCAUCUCGUUUAAUUUGAUUGAAUUUGUAGAUGUGCAUGCCAUUUGCUGGAGCUUUGUUUGCAGAUCUGUUGGCGAUGUUUGAAAAUGUGCACUUGCUUUGUAGCAUUGUUUUACAUUGUUGGUUUCAGGCAGCAGAACUGGAAACGUGAUGUAGUUUGGUAAGGUGGUAGUGAAGGAAUUGGAAGAGCAAAAGUGUGAACGACGACCGAGUGACCUGGCCGUCUGCUAGAUAGAAAACCACUGUUUUUGCCCAGUGCAGUUGUGUUUUAUAGAUUGGGGCCAGAAUUGUUCAAAGUCAUGUUGGAGCAUCCACCUGACUAGCAAUGAACUUUAGAGUAGUUGAGGACAUAUAACUGAUAGGUAUUAUGGCAGCUGAUGAAUUGGGUAUAUACUUACAGCCUUUCUUUCUGUCUUUCUUUCUAUCUGCAGUUGGUCAUUUUACUUUUUUUGUGUUGCUGAUUCUAGGCACAUUGUUAGAAGCGUUUUUAAGGCGUUUUGGUUGUGAAGGAGUUAAAAACUGUGGGCAUAGACUAAAUAACUGAUGUAUAUUUAGGCAGCUGAUUCUCGUGUAUGCCUGCACAUUUUUGUUUUGUAAACAGUUUUCGUUGUUGAAAUGUGUGUUUGAAGGCAUCGAAAGCCGUGUGUGUGGGCGGUGCACAAAAGCCUAUGUUUUUGUUUUCUCUUUCUCUGUCGAGCACACUGACACACCGUGCAGCUUGUAGAUGCAAAUCUUCAUUGCACAAUCACAUGCAAAUAACCAUUGUUAGCGCCCUCUUUCACCAGAGAACACACCCGUCACGUGCCCGUCACUGUGUAUGUCACUACCUUUUAACAUGAGCAAUUGUGUGCACUUAACUUAUUGUUAACAUAACAGCAAGGCAUGCCGAUGAUAUUGACUGGUGGAGAGUCGUGCCGAGCUUGCUGUUCGAUUUUUUUUUAUUUGUUUUCGUAGCAUCCGUCCACGGUGAGACUUGUUUGUUGACAACUGUUUACAACAUGAACUGCUGAAGAUAAGAUGUAGAAGAAUGUAGAACUAUUUUUGGAACCUCUUUUUGUUUUGCCUACCUUAAGGUGAAUGCCUUGUCGCCACCGAUAAUAAAAGACAGCCGGUAACUAUUCAAGAAAA